AUGACGUUCAUGCCCGCGGGCCGGUCGGUUGGAGGAGUCAGAGCAGGUCGCCCCCGCAGCGUGAGCCACGCCCCGGGCCUCCGCAGGCGCCCUCCUGCCAUGUCUGCAGCCCUAGCCCAAGUGGAGCCCCAGGCUGCCCAGGCUCAGCCUGCCCGGAGCCCAGCGCUCAGCACGGCUAGGAAGGCCAGGAAAAAAUCCCAGUAUAUCACGGCGGUUUCAACUACCGUGAUCAAAUUCCGCAAUUUCAAGAAAAAAAAGAAAAGAAGCAAAAGUAAGGCCAUAUCCCCCAUUAUCAAGAAGCAGAGAGAACAGGAUGAAAAUUUGCAGAAGUCCUGCGGUUUCGGCUAUAUAGUUCUUCCCAGAUGUCAGCGAUGUAAUAAUUUCCACUGCUUUCUGAUUUUGUUUUGCAUCCUGCUGUUUUCUCAGGGCAUUAUAUUUGGUCUUGUAGAUCUGAGCAUUGAUACGCUUCACAGGGGCGCUCUUCUGAAAACCACUGAGAGUAUGCUGUUGUCAUUGAGUUAUGAUAUUUCAUCUUGUCUGGUAGUGGUGUUUAUAUCAUACUAUGGAGGGAGAGGAAACACGAUAAGAUGGAUUGUAGUUUCCUCCUUUUUAAUAGGAUUUGGAUCACUUUUAUUUGCUUUUCCUUACUAUAGUGGUGAAAAUUAUCAGCUGAAUAUAGAAACUGAAGAUAUUUGCAAAGAGACGAAGGUUGUCAGAGCUUGCCAGAAACCCUUAUCAUUUCCAUCAAAAUAUGCAUCUUUCUUCCUCCUUGGGCAGAUUGUGCAGGGAAUAGCAGGAAUGCCUCUUUAUACCCUUGGAGUAAGCUUUCUUGAUGACAGCGUUGCUGCACAUUCAACUGGUAUUUACAUAGGCCUUUUGGAAGCUUCAGUAACAAUUGGAUAUGCUUUGGGUUAUGCAAUAGGAGCACCCCUCAUUAAGACUGCUGAGAGGAGUACUUCUGAUAAAAUAGACAAUGUUAAUAAUGAACACUGGCUGCAGACAUGGUGGAUUCGUUUUGUUUUUGUCUCAAUUAUUGCAUGGUCUACAUCAAUACCAUUGUCAUGCUUUCCGCAGCAUAUACAAGGUACAACAAAGAUAAAAACUGGGAAACCCAAAAAGCUUCCUUUUUUGGAUAAGAAAAAUAAAGAUCAGGAAUCUGGAACCAGUAUCAAAGAUUUAUUUGCUUCUGUUUGGAUUCUGAUAAAGGCUCCAAUAUUUGUAUGUCUAGCUCUGAGCAGAGCUUCAGAUUAUUUAUUUAUUAUUGGAGCUUCUGAGGUUUUGCCUAAAUAUAUAGAACAUCAGUUUAUAUUAAGUCCUAAUCAGGCAACUACACUUUCAGGACUUGUUAUAAUUCCAGGAGCUGCACUUGGCCAGCUUCUGGGAGGUGCCAUUGUUUCCAAGUUACAUAUGUAUUGUAAAGGCUUUAUGAGAUUUAUAAUGGUUACAUCUGCUAUAUCACUUGUACUGGUUGUGUUUGCCAUUUUUGUACACUGUAAUCCAAUACGAUUUGCUGGAAUCAAUGAAGACUAUGGCGGAACAGGGAAGUUUGGAAACCUGACAGCUCCUUGCAAUUCUCCUUGUAGAUGUUCAAAAUUUUAUUCUCCUGUAUGUGGAAGAGAUGAUAUUGGAUAUUUUUCACCUUGCUUUGCAGGUUGUACAUAUUCUAAAACAUUAAAUAAUCACAAGGCAUAUUUCAACUGUUCUUGCAUUACUGAAGGAUUAACUACCUCAGACGAUCAAGGUGAUUUCAUUGAUGCUAGACCUGGGACAUGUGAUACAAAGUGCUAUAAAUUACCUUUGUUCAUUGCUGUUGUCUUCUCGAUGGUUAUAUUUGCUACUUUUUCUAGUAUUCCAAACAUCCUGACCAUCCUUCGGGUCGUAUCUGACAAACAACGUUAUCUUGCCUUGGGUGUGACUUUUGUGAUUUUGAGAGUAUUUGGGAGUAUACCUGGACCAGUGGUUUUUAAAAUAGUAGUAGAAAGUACUUGUACCUUUUGGGAAAAAGGAAGCUGUGGAAACACAGGAAAUUGUUGGAUCUAUAACAAGACAAAAAUGGCCUCCCUAUCUUUAGGAAUAUGUUUUACCUGCAAAGUAUUCACUAUCUUCUUCACUGCUAUUGCAUUUGGCCUUUACAAAUGUUUACUAAAGGAAAACAGUGAUAUUCUGAGUUUACCUGUAAAAAUUCUAAAAUUUAAAAAAAAAGAAGAGAAGGAAAGAACUGAUUUAUAA